AUGGAGGACAAUCGGCGGUCGUUCCCGCCAGAGGGGCAGGACCCGGUGCCCGUGGGCACGAACUGCAGGCCUCGGUACAAAGAGAAUCUCCCUUCCCGGUGUUUCACAAAGCCCAAGAACAGGCUGCAGGUCUCCACCUCCCUCAACAGCCGGCAGUGGAUAUUUGUGAGGAAGGGGCUGGACGACUUCAGAAAAGGUUGUCCCCCUUGUGAAGAUCUGAUCACGAAGGGCCUUCAGGAAAACUUUCUUCCUCGGAUUCACCACAGAGCUCCCCAACCUGGCCCCAGACUGAGGCCAAACAAGCUGCCCAAGGAAGCAGUCAUGUUUCCUAGGCUCUCAGCAGCCCAGCGGGUACAGAAAACAUUUAUAGAGGACUUGGAAGCCCGCCUGACCAGGCAUCCUUUGGCCCUCUACCCGAAUCUGGGAGAAGAUUUACCUGUAGAGCUUUUAUUAAAAGUGCUGGAAGUGCUCGAUCCAGACAAGAAGCUGGAGGACACAUGGGCUUAUUGCCAGAACAUCAGGAAAAGGAAAAAGGAACCCACUAAAAGUGUAAACAAACCUACAGAAGUCUCCCCAGGACCUCUCCAGAAGUCUCCUGUGUCACAUUCAGGCAAAUGGGUUUAUAAAGAAAAGAAACCAAGUGAAACAGACUUGCUCCAUGGUCCUCUUCUUUAUGAAAAUGGAAGUUCAAACAUUGAUGAAGAAUUCAUCCUGAAACAGUUUGACGUUGACUAUGAGAACAAAUCAAGCUAUGAUGAGCUUCACACGAUGAGACAAAAUCAGGUUCCUGUGGAACUAAGGUGUAGUGUGGGACCAAAUAAACCACAGGAGCUAGAUUUCUCCUUCCAGGAACUAGACUCCAAGAGGAAAUUCCAGAAACCACAGAAUCCUUAUAAUCCAGAGUGGGUAAAGAUAAGGUAUGGAGCAUGGUAUCUGAACACCAAGUUGUGGAAAAAGCAAAGAGCAGAUGAACCUCUGAUCGACCCCAAAAUCUUACUUAAAGCACAAGAUGAGAAUUUUAAAAAGGAACUGCAAAGAAAGGAGGACUUAUUUGAAGAUCUUUAUGGGACGGUUGCCUUUAUGGAUUUCAUUCUCAGCAGGGGAUACAGGAUGCCACGUUUCCUUGAGAAGAUGUACAUCAGGAAAAAAUGUAAAAGCGAGCAUAAUAAGAUUCCUAUAAAACAGUCAACAAAACUAACUGAAGCAUAA